GGAAAGAGGGCCGCACAACUAUCAUUACUUAUUAUGAAUCAAGAUUCUAAAAGACAAUGUAAAUUUAAAGAAAACAAAUUGCUGAGAACUAAGAUGAAAGAUAAAUUUGAUGAAAAUUGGGCAAAUCAAAGCAGUUGCAGUUGA